AUUGACUCAGUCGCACGGGCAGCGCACAACCGCCAAGUCGGCUUUGGAUUUCGAGAAAUCGGAGUGGUGCCUUCAGUUCCUUUCCCCAAACACCUCGUCCUUCACUCACUUGGCGACCAUGCGAGCCGGAGUCGCUUGCCUCCUCCUGGUGCUCCUGGGCAUCUGUGGAGCCGCCAGGGCGGAUCUCACCUACCGCGGCAAUGCAGUGCAUCCAGAUUAUCCCGGCCAGUGCUACUACGAGGAGCUCAACCAGGCCAUACCCAAAAAACAGUCCUACAAGCCCAUCAAUCGCGAGGGCUACUGCCAAUCCAUUUACUGCAGACCAGACUAUGUCCUCGAAAUUGGCUACUGCGGUCGCCACAAUCUGGUGCCCACGGAGCAGUGCAAGAUCGCCUCGGAUAUGCGACGCACCUUUCCCGAGUGCUGUCCCAAGUUGGUUUGCCAGGAGUCCGAGAGCAACUACAUCUAGGCUGGGAUGCUGUCCUGGCUGCUUGGUAGUAUUCCUACUUGCUAGUAUUGUAUUUUUUUAAUUUGUUAAAUGCUAAAUGUUAUCUGUAAGUUCAUUGUGUAUUUAUAUUGAUAGGUUUAUUGUUGUAUGUUUUUGAUAUGCUUGCCAGAAAUAAUCUAUUUGUACAAAACCCCAAG